CUUCCCGGCAUCAGUCUUUCCGAAAUUUGGUUUCUGGCUUUCUCUUUGCAAUUUCUCAAAUUUCAGUAUCCUGUCAGAAUGCCCGCGGUUACCUUUCAUGUAGAUGCAGCCCUUUUCGAUAUGGACGGGACGCUAGUCAAUUCCACGGCAGGUGUUGUAGGGGCCUGGGAGCUAUUCAAGGAGAAGUAUCCGGACAUCAACAUAGAAGAUAUCCUUAGCUCUGCUCACGGCGUUCGCACUGUCGACAAUCUGAGGAAGUAUUGUGGCAUUGAAGAUCCUCAAGAACUUACGUCAGAAGCCUCUCGGUUCGAAAUGGCAAUCGUUACUGAAUCAACUGCUAAAGGUAGACCUGGUAUUCUCAAACUACCGGGUGUCGCGCGGGCGAUACAAGAGAUUAAUUCGGGUCGACGCUACCCCAAUCCUUCUUGGGCUAUUUGUACCUCAGCUACACGCGAAUACGCCCUUGCCGCACUUGCCAAUGCUGGGAUAGACGUACCGGACGCUUUCGUUGCUGCUGAAGAUGUCAAAGUUGGCAAGCCAGCUCCUGAUCCAUAUUUAUUGGGCGCAGAGAAAUGCGGAGUAAAGCCUGAAAAUUGUGUGGUUUUUGAAGAUGCUCCUGCAGGCAUUCAAAGCGGUAAAAGGGCCGGAUGUAAGACGAUCGGAUUCCUCACCACACACGACAAAACGCAGAUGGAAACAGUGAAUCCUGAUUUUCUUGUUCCUAAUAUGGCCAGUGUCAGCCUGAAGUUAUCGCAAGGAGGAGGUAUAGACGUGACUGUAGAUUUGGAUUAGAAUUUUAGAAUCAAUCGAAUAGAUAAAUUAGAGUACCUACAAUCUGGUUCAUUGGAGUUGCAUGUAGUCUUAGUCCUUUUAGAGCAAGGUGUUGGUCUGCAGUGGUGCUCAGGGGAUUAUUCAGCCUUGAGAAUGGCCAGAUGAAAUUCUUAAGUGCUGCAGGCUGAAUUAGGAUAUUUCUUUAUAAGAAUUCUGGAUCCAAU